CCUCAGUCCUGCAAUGAACUUCUCAACAACGGCUACAACACGAGCGGGGUCUACACCCUCUAUCCAGCCGGAGAAGUCACAAGUCCUAUCCAUGUAUACUGUGACAUGGACACUGACGGGGGAGGAUGGACGGUGUUCCAGAGGCGAAAGGACGGCUCGGUAGAUUUCUACCUGGACUGGCAGAACUACAAGACGGGGUUUGGGGACCUGGGAGGAGAAUUCUGGCUUGGUAACGACAACCUGCACCACCUGACGGCACAGGGAGGGUACGAGCUGAGGGUGGACCUGGAAGACUUCGAGGGAAACUCGGCCUACGCCAAGUACAGCAACUUCAGUGUGGAGGAUGAAGGGCACCUGUACAGGCUGACUGUGGGGGGAUACUCAGGAACUGCAGGAGACGGUAUGGCCGGACAUUCGUCUAUGUUCUUCUCAACCAAGGAUAAAGAUAAUGAUAUUCACGAAAGUAACGACUGUGCCCAGACAUACAAGGGAGCUUGGUGGUACUACAGGUGUCAUCGUGCCAACCUGAAUGGUCUGUACCAUGGUGGACCUCAUCAGUCUUAUGCAGAUGGGGUUAACUGGGGAUUAUGGAAGGGCCAGCGCUAUUCUCUCAAACACACAGAGAUGAAGAUCAGGCCUCGUUAAAUCCACUCUAUCUGUAUGAAGGCUAU